ACGGCAACGUUAAGCUAUCGAAAAGCUACCGGCAUGGAUGAUGAUCUAGCUCGCAGGUUAGCUGCGCUCCGGAAUGAGCAUGAGAAUCGGUAAUUAUAACUCCCCACAGAUUGCACCAUUGCCUCCAAGUUCACUAGAAACACAAUAUGCUGAAAAAGUAGCUUAGCAGCUCCCGCAUGCCGGCCACCACUAUCCCGCGAACCUCAAAUUUACCACUUAAGUUUCCUAAGGCCGAAGUGAGCGAUGAACUCACAGCUCGGUUCGAAAAGAUCAGGCUUGCUCCAAGCCCGGCCAAAUCACCAUCUGUUAAAGAAUUGAAGAAAGAAUAUGAAGACAUUCUAUCUGAAUCAAAGGUUGAAGCCCAUGCACCAGAGCCAUUUCCAAGUUGGGGCAACCACUUAAUGGCGAAGCAGACACAGGAAAUAUUCAACGCCUUGAUCUCCGACCAGGGGUUGUGGGAUACUAGUGAAGAUCCACACGAGGAUAUGGACGAAGUAGACUUUCUCCUAGUAGAAGCUACAGCCAACAUACCCUCUCCCUCCAGGGCACCAAAGGACAUCGAUGGCGCUCAAAAUACAUCACCGGAGGAUCCACCGGCUCUCCCUGGCUGGCCCCAUUCGAAUACUCUACACCCAGUAGCUGCUACGGAGGAAGAAGAGGCUAAUAUUUUACAAAAAAUACGUGACGAGAUAGAUUUCGAAAAGUCAAAUGGAAUAGCAACAUCACCUGAGCCUUCCCCACCUCCAGGGCUUGUCGAGCCAGGAGAGUCUGCCCCGGAGGCAGACGAGUCCCUUUUUAAACGGUUUAGAGCUCUAGGAGGGCUUGAGCUACCUGCGGUGCCCAGGACUGAGCCUGGACCCAAACCAAGGCCAUAUCCUCCGGCUGCGAAGCUCGAGGACGAUGAGAUCGACACUUGGUGCUGCAAGUCAUCCACUUAACAGCGAUAUGGUGGAUCUAGGUUGCUGAUGUUGCAGAUAGGUAUAUGCAACGACGAUGCAGAAUAUAAGUGCUCUGGAUGCGAAAAUGAUAUUUAUUGCGCGAGCUGUCUCCACGAGUGUAAGGCAUUUUAUGAUUUCGCGUCGUUUCCGGAAACACUUUCUAACGCGGGCAUAGCGCACACCGGACCGGAUGCAGGAUAUGAAGAACGGAGGCACAAAUGGACAAAAUACACGAGACCGAAGAAGCGGCUUGCUGCAGGUUAAAUCUUUGACUCCCAUUGGAUUAUAUCGCAAUCGCCAAAUGAAUACUUCCCAUACACUACGGCGCUGUGAAAUCAAUCAGAUGGCGUUUAUGGCGGUCCAAGUUAUAACUAUCGAUUCUCAUUCUUCCUCGUCAUUUAUACAUCCACCACAUUGGAAAAUUAUCGAGGGGGAAGGGGAGGAAAAAUAAAAUCUCAGAAUUGGGUAUUAUUUAAACGCCAAGGAAGAAGAUAAAGAAACCACUGUUAAAACAACGCAAGUCCCACAACGAAAAGACCAGCAGCUCUCAAUAUGCCAACAGUAGUCUUUGAAGCUCCGCUCGUACCGGUGGUCCCAUUCCCAGCACCAGAAGUGCUUCCCUGAUUACCCGAGCUUCCCGAGUUCCCCUGAUUGCCCGAGCCUCCAUGAUCGCCCGAGUCAGAUUCCGAACCCUCGAAUUCGAAAGGCGAAGAGCCGACACCGGUGGAAUUAACACACAUUCCAUUCGGUGGCCCCGCAGCGUCUUUCUUGAAGGUGAUAUCGGCGCACUACAUAUCCCCCAUUAGCCACGUCAUUCACAUCCAGCCUGAAAAUUCCUAGCUGCUGGAUUCAACAUACGUUGUACAAAGCGCCGCCAUUGUGAGUCAACUGGAUAACCUGGAUACUAGCAUUGGCGCCCUCCUGGAUAUCCAGGCCGGGUGGGAUGGGAAUCUUCUUGAAGCAAAAGGUCCCAUUACCGGUCUGGUUGAAGGCGGGGACGAGGGUGAUGUUGAGUCUCGUAACAUUGUUUCCCAUACCCAAGUUGACGAAAGUCUGAGCGUGGUCAUGGGUCGGUGUGAAAACCAGUGCCCCUCCGUCGAGUGGCCAGGCGGUGCGGUUCGUGUCGGAGACGGACUGGUUCACACCUCCGCCUAGAGACACCACCCCCAGUCAGUGUAAAAACCAGAGGACCUCCUCCCGGUGAUAGUGCGCAGGAUGAACAUACACGGGUAAUUCCAUUGAGUAGGAUAACUGUCCCCGCGCCAGUAUGGAUAAGUAAGAGCGUA